AUGGCGGCGCUCCCGGGACGAUUUGGAUUAGUGUCUGGUUGUGUUUUUUAUUUAAUUUUAUCACUCCAGCUGUUUCACGGCUUCGUCCUGGGCUCAGAUGAAGCCUGCCCCUCGAACUGUACCUGUGCCGGAGACUCGGUGGACUGUAGCAGCCUGGAGCUGACGGCGACGCCUCUGGACCUUCCAGUCCGGACUGUCUCCUUAAAUCUUGGCCACAACAAGCUAACUGUCAUCAACCCCGAAGCCUUUGCCAACCUUCUCAACUUGAGAGAGCUGAGGCUCGACCACAAUGAACUGACCUCCAUACCGGAUUUAGGACAGGCUGCUUCCAAGAUCGUAUCCCUCUACCUACAUCACAAUAAGAUCCGCAGUAUCGACGGCAGACGGACCAGAGAGCUGGUCUCUGUGGAGACGCUGGACCUGAGCAAUAACAACGUCAGUGAGCUGCGGGGACACUGCUUCCCCGCGGGCCUCCAAAUCAGAGACCUGUACCUGGCUAACAACAAGAUCAGCGCGCUGGAGCUGGGAGCGCUGGACCAUCUGGGCUCCACGCUGCAGGUUCUGAGACUGAGCCGAAACCGCAUCAACCAGAUCCCCGUCAGAGCCUUCCAGCUCCCCAGGCUCACCCAGCUUGAGCUGAACAGGAACCGAAUCCGUCAGGUGGAGGGUCUGACCUUCCAGGGUCUGUCCAGUCUGGAGGUCCUCAAGCUGCAGAGGAACAGCAUCAGCAAACUGACUGACGGAGCCUUCUGGGAUUUGGCCAAAAUGAAAGUCCUCCACCUGGACUAUAACAGCCUGACGGAGGUGAACAGCGGCUCCCUGUACGGCCUCUCCUCCCUGCAGCAACUCUUCCUCAGUAACAACUCCAUAGCUCGCAUCAACCCCGACGGAUGGAAGUUCUGCCAGAAGCUGAGAGAGCUGAAUCUGUCCUACAACAACUUGACUCGUCUGGAUGAGGGGAGCCUGGCUGUGCUGGGGGAUCUCCAGACCCUGCGCCUGGGCCACAACUCCAUCAGCCACAUCAACGAGGGAGCCUUCAGAGGCCUCAAAGCCGUCCGAGUCCUGGAGCUGGACCAUAACGACAUCUCGGGGACAAUAGAGGACACCAAUGGGGCCUUCUCCGGAUUGGACAGCCUCAACAAGCUGACUCUGUUUGGAAACAAGAUCAAAUCGGUGGCCAAGAAAGCCUUCUCCGGCCUGGAGACCCUGGAACACCUGAACCUGGGGGAGAACGCCAUCCGAUCCAUCCAGCCCGACGCCUUCAGUAAGAUGAGGAACCUCAAAACUCUGCUGGUGCAGAGCAGCAGUCUGCUGUGCGACUGUCAGCUGCACUGGCUGCCCGGCUGGCUGGCGUCUCGAGGCCUGCAGGCCGGCGUCAACGCCUCCUGCGCUCACCCGGAGAGCCUGAAGGGCACCAGCAUCUUCGAGGCUCCGCCCAGCAGCUUCGUCUGCGACGACCUUCCCAAACCCCAGAUCACCGUGCAGCCGGAAACCACCGUGACGGUCCUGGGCAGCGACGUGCGGCUCACCUGCACGGCGGCGAGCAGCAGCUCCUCCCCCAUGACCUUCGCCUGGCGCAAGGACCAGGAGCUGCUCCGGCAGGCCGAGAUGGAGAACUACGCCCACGUGCGCCCCCACCACCAGGGCGCCACGUCCGCCGCGCCCGCCGCGGGAGCGGGCGUGAUGGAGUACACCACCAUCCUGCACCUGCGCCACGUCACCUUCGCCCACGAGGGCCGAUACCAGUGCAUCAUCACCAACCACUUCGGCUCCACCUACUCCAGCAAGGCCCGGCUCAUCGUGAACGUCCUCCCGUCCUUUGUGAAGACUCCCCGGGACAGCACCAUCCGCACGGGCCACACCGCCCGGCUGGAGUGCGCCGCCGAGGGCCACCCGGCGCCGCAGAUCGCCUGGCAGAAGGACGGCGGCACCGACUUCCCCGCCGCCCGCGAGCGGCGCAUGCACGUGAUGCCCGACGACGACGUGUUCUUCAUCAUGGACGUGAAGCCCGAGGACAUGGGCGUGUACAGCUGCACCGCCAAGAACACGGCCGGCACCGUGUCGGCCAACGCCACGCUCACCGUCCUGGAGACGCCCCACCUGGCGCAGGACCUGGAGGACCGCAGCGUCGCCGUGGGCGACACGGUGGCGCUGCAGUGCAAAGCCCUGGGCAGCCCGCCGCCGCGCAUCACCUGGCUGCGCAACGACCAGCCGCUGCGGCCGUCCGACAGGCACCACUUCACCCCGGGGAACCAGCUGCUGGUCAUCAGCUCCGCCUCGGCCGAGGACGCCGGCCGCUACACCUGCCUCAUGUCCAACACGCUGGGCACGGAGCGCGCCCACAGCCAGCUGGUGGUGACGCCGCGGAGGAGCCCCUGCCCGCCGCCCGCCGGCCCCAGCACCGUCACCAUCGGCAUCAUCGUCAUCGCCGUGGUGACCAGCAUCGUCAUCACGUCUCUGGUGUGGGUGUGCAUCAUCUACCAGACCAGGAAGAAGAGCGAGGAGUGCAGCGUGACCAACACCGAUGAGACCAUCGUUCCUCCGGACGUUCCCAGCUACCUCUCCUCUCAGGGCACGCUGUCUGAGCGGCAGGACGUUUGCAUCCGUGUGGAGGCCGGCGGCGGCCCGCAGCCCAACGGCCACGUGGUCGACCCCGCAGGCUUCGACGGCGCCGUGGUGUGCUCCGACUGCAUGGACAACGGCAGCAGCUACUCCAAAGACCACGACUACCUGAGCCACGGCUUCGGCCCCGCCGGGGGCCCGGAGUACCAGCAGCACGACGUCCCGCCGCCCUACUCGCACUGUCACCCGGGGGGGCCGUACGACACCGGCCCGCUCUGCGGCGGGACCCCCAACGGGAUCCGGAGAGACGCCCCGGGAUCCAUGCACCCCAAAAACCACAACACGACACAGCUGAGCCAGCACGACCGGACAGCGGGCCGGACGGGACAGCCCAGCGCCCCGCCGCCGGAGGACUCCUUCCACAAGCCGGUGAAGCUGGGCGGCGUGCGCCUCGACACGGACUGCGAUUCCGAGCUCAGACAGACUCUGCUCUCCAACGGACACGCCCUCCGAGCGUCUCAGAGCGAGAGCGCGCCGCUGAGGCGGGCCAGCGACUAGCGGCGCCCCCCCCCCCCCCCCAUCUGGCCCACCCACGACUGUGACUUCUUGAAUUGUUUUUGUUUUUUUGUUUUGUUUUGCACUGGGAAAUAAACUGCUACCUCAGAUCGAGGCCGAGGAUCCCGAGCCUCCCCGCCGCCGCCCGGCGGGGAGGGCAUCCGGAGCGUGAAGGCGGAGCUUGAGUGGGCGGCGCCCCAUCCGAGCGUUAUCAGCUGUACAUAGUUUAACAACCUUCCUCUGGGAGGUGACCAAUAUGAAUUCUAGCUCCAAAAAAAAAUGUGACUUGCAUUCGAGGCAUGUAAAUGUGGGGAAUCCUGUACAUGAUACUGUAUGUGCAAACAGAGAAAUCUACAGCGGGACGUUUGACUGUACAUAAGAGUUUUCUUAUAUUAUAUAUUAUAUAACUUUUACAGAAGAGUGUUUGAAUAUAUGUGCAUGACAAAGAAAGGAGUGACGGUAUUUUUAUUUUUCUUACAAAAAAAAACAAACAAAAAAAAAAACAGCCUUUUUUCAGCUUUUACCAACAUCCAGCUGCGGUGCCUUAUUGCAUGAUCAAAGAGAAACUCAACUUGUAAUAACAUAUAUCAUUUUGUGAGAGCGACCGGUACACUUUUUAUAGCAAACAAAACACUUGAUUGCACUUGAAUGUUUUUUUUUUUUUUUUUUCCGCCAGUCAUGGCCUUACAGGAAAAACACACACACACAUCACACACAUCACACACAUUGUCGUUGUAUGAAGGAAGAGCUUUGGUCUAGUUUUUGGUACGUCAGAUUGUGCGAGGUGGGAUCCUCGCGUCGGGCCGGUGUGCUGAAGCACUUUAAAAAAAACACAAACACACACACACAUAAACACACAAAACAAACAAAAACCUUCCCUCCUUCAUAAACAAUCGGGUCGUUUACGCGAUCUGCCGGUAGGAAUGCGGGAACCUGCGAGGAGACAUUCCACAAAGUCAGAGAGAACGCGGCGUACCGCCGAGGCUCCUCCGCCUGCCUCACAGCAGAGCGCUGCCGGGACGGCGGGUUUCGGACACUCGUGGUUCCGUCAGUCCUGCAGCGCUCGGUUUACGUGGCUACGGCCCGCCGCGUGAGUCACGUUCACUGUGCUCAAACUUUGAACUGCCGGCGAUGCGAUGACCGGAGAGCGACGCCGUGUCGUUGUACUCCUCCUCCUCCCCGUCGCCGUGGUUCACUCAUUCAUACCCAAUACUUGAGGCAACUUGGAAAGCUUGUGAAAUGUGCUCUAACCAAACUUUGGGAGGAUGAAUGCAGCCAGGGAUCGCCCCCUUCCCCCCCUCAUCAAAACCCUGGGUACACUGGGGGUUAGUAAUCGGUGAAAUUCAAGUCACACGGUCCUUCAUGUACACUCGCGCUCCCCUCCUGUAGUCUGAACUGUGCUCUGUCACCAGUGGCCUUAUCAAGGUAAACUGGAGGACACACUCCUCUGGUUACACCCCCCCACUCCAAACCACCCGAAAUGAUUGGAAAUGCCGCAGCAUAGCAGCUAAAAGGGACGGACGAGAGGGAGCAAGGUGCACUUCAUGUUUUCAGUAAUUUAUUAAGGCGACCUGUCUGGAAGCGUUGAACCAAUGUCAAAGCUAAACCGGUGAAAUGUCUCACGUGGCAUUGAAGUGUCUAAUAAAAA